CCACCCCCCACCUUCCUUAUAACAAUCAACCAUCCACCAUCCCACCUUCCUUAUAACAAUCAACCAUCCAACAUCCCACCUUUCUAAUUGCUCCUUCUUACUUCCCCCCUCUGAAUUCUUUCUUUUCUUCUUAGAUUACACCUUCUGUACCUUCUUUCUACUCAUCAUGACUGGACGUGGAAAAGGUGGCGCGUUUGGUGGGGCAGGCGGAAAGUCACGUUUUGGUGGAGCUGGGAAGGGAACUGCUGUGCCGAAUAGCAGUGGAACCCGUGGAGUUGGGGCGAGGAGAUAUCGCAAAAUCAUGCGCGAUACCAUUCAUGGGAUUACUAAAAAUGAUAUUAAACGUCUCGCCCGCCGUGGAGGUGUCAAGCGUAUCUCAGCAAUGAUUUAUGAUGACACUCGUGAGGCUAUGAAGGCCCAUCUGCAACUGAUUCUCAAGGACUGCGUCAUUUUUAUCGAGCAUGCCAACCGCAAGACCGUCACUGUCGGAGACGUCUUGUUCGCUCUGAAGAGAAUCGGUAGACCCAUCUACGGAUUCGGAAACGGCUACUUGCAAUCCGAUGCGCCCAAUCGCAAGAAGAGGAAGGACUGAAGUGCCCCCGCCUGCGAUCUGUGACGGAUCUUUUCUGAGCUCUUUGGGAUCUUUGAAAUGUCAAGGCCCUCCCUUGUUUGUGGAUCCGGGGGGGAAAAAUCAUGUGGCGAAUGGAGUUAUGGAUGUUUUGCAAUGCUAGACGGCUGGGGAUAUUAUGGAUUGUGAUGAGGCGCUGUUGUUCUUCGAUAUUUUGCUCGGAUUUUUUCUUGUCUGGUCGCUGGCCUUUUACUUCUUUGGCAGAGGCAAUGAUGGGGAUACCCAGGAUGGCAAUGGUGGAGUUUGUUGGGGCGUCUGGCUUUGAUAUUUUGUUUCGUAGUCGAGAAAUGGAAUACUCUUGCGGAC